CAACCUCGUUUUGCACGUAGCGCUUUCCUUUUUCUGGCAGCUGUAACUGGUAAGGCCACUCUCCUCCUCCCAUGGAGCUGGCCUCUUUUAGUCUACUGGAGGUUUUUUUGGAACCCAAAUUCCUUCUUUGCUUGGCCAAUAAAAAGCAGGAGGGACGCUCAUUUCCAGUAGUUUCACAUUUAGCACCCAUUGGAAACCAUGUGGGCCCAGACCGCUGCUCUGCUGCUCGCCUGCUGCUUCUGGCCAGCUGAAGCUCAGACUAAAAGGGGUCAAAGCAUCUGGGAUCCACCUAUCAAAUUCAACACCAAGGCUAAAGACUCAUGCACCAUGAUUGUCACCGGUCAAGGGGAAUUCACGAGGCUGAGACUGGCAUGCCAGAGGAACAAGCGCUCUUACUGGUGUGACUACAUGGGCAAGCCUCAGACCUGCACCCCUUACAACAAAAAUCCUCGACACUAUUUCGUGCAGAUGAUGUGGAACCUGAGAAAGCUGGACAAUGCCUGCCAGGCACCAAAACAGAUUAAACCUCACAUGUGCAGGAAGGCAACUGAUGACUCUCAGAUGGUCUUCUCAUCAUCGCCAUUCUCCCAGUCACGAGCAGAGGCUUCUUCUAGGAAAGUAGCAAGACCUCAACGUCGGCCUAGACCAACAAGACAAGCUGACGCAAAAUCCAUUCAAGAGCCACAACAAGAAAAGACCACUCAGGAAACUAGUACUCAACCACCACCAACAACAACACCUGUUGAGAGCAACGCUAAAAGAAUGGCUCGGCAGAAUUGCUGGAGGUCGCUGCAGGGCAUCUGCUCGUUCUUCAUUGGUUUGUUUCGUAAUUAACCAGAAAGCUUUUAACUUCUAAUGAAGAUAACUUGACGUCUGGCUCAAGCAGCCCUUGGAGGAAAAUUCCAAACGAGGAGUUUGUUAGCCUGUUGUAGAACUAUAACACCCUCUUCAGGGCAAGCUGUGGUAUUACAGUGACUUUCAAGUACUUCUCUCACUCAAACCAACAUUUAUCAGCCUCCAUUAAGAGCCAAGCUGGAAGAACUUAAAGGUCUCACUUGACUAUGUAAUUACAAAUGUUUUGCAUGAACAGCCUGUACUGAAUGAUACUGCUUUAACAUGUAAUGUAUGUUUAUUAUGUUUAUUACUUGUAUAUUAUCUGUUUGCAUCACUCGAUAUUACCUUCAGAAUUGUUCGGGGAUAGUCUUAUUUUGCUCUGGUUUUCCAUGCUGGUGUAUUUGUCCCAAAAAAAUGUAUAACGAAUGUGAAAAUGUUUUAUUAAAUAA